AUGUGGGCUGAUCACGGAGGCAGUGCGAUGAUCCGUGAGCGGCCCAACGAUCACGGAGGCAGCGUAAAGCGACGAUCAUCCCCCAGCAGCUCAGGUUACCUGGACAAGCUACACUCAACAACUAGCCUCGUCUCACAGGGAUACCUUUCACCGGAUGCUGUAACUGCUCUCCACGAGAGGAUACGGGAAUUGGAAAACAAGCUCCAACGUACGCAGAGAAGCCUGGCACUUACACAGCAACAGAAGAAGAAAGUAUUGCAAGAAAAGAGCAACCUCCAGAAGCAAAUUAAUCACUUUUUAGCCCCUGACCAGUUGCAGUCCUUAGAAAGGUCAUCAAAUGGAAAGCAGCGUUGGUCACCGAGCACUAUACAGAAAGCCCUAAAAGUUAGACUUUCGUGUGGUGCCCGCGGAUAUGCCGUUGUGAAGGAACUUUGCACACCUCUUCCAGCUGAACGCACAUUACAAAGGCACUUAGAAAAGAACAAAUUUUCUCCAUGUGUGCUUCAUAACAUUCUGCACUGCCUUUCUCUGAAAGUUAAGGUUAUGGAUGAUCACGAGCGGCAUGCAGUCCUAAUGUUCGACGAGAUUCAACUAACAACAGGUCUUGCUCUUGAUCAGUCAACCGGCGUGGUAAUUGGCAGACCUACGAUACAGUUAGCUGAUGGGACGCUGCCAGAAGACACUCUGGCUACGCAUGGACUAGUGUUCAUGCUAGGUGGUGUGACCACGCGCUGGAAGCAGACAGUGGCCUAUCACUUCACAGGGAACUCUUUUAGUUCUAGUGCUGUGAAGAAUGUCAUCCUCGACAUAAUUGAAAAGUGCGAAAAAAUUUCUAUUUACGUAGACGCAGUGGUCAGCGAUAUGGCCGGUGGUAACCAGGCCCUUUGGAAAGAGUUUGGCAUAAUUGUCGGCAAGCACUGCAAAGCAUCUGUCUCAUGCCCGCACCCAUCUGAUGCAAGUCGCAGGUUGUAUUUCAUAGCAGAUGUUGCGCAUCUCUUGAAGAACCUUCGCAAUCAUUUUACAAGACGGCAAUCAUUUUUCUUGCCAGAUGACAUAGUGACUAAGCUGAAGUUGCCACCAAAUGAAGCUAAGAUUGAGCACGUAAAGGCUCUUGUGCAGAUUGAUGCCAAGCUUGAUUUGAAUCUCGCGCCUCACCUGAAGCCAGCUUGUUUAGAGCCAGGACAUUUUGAAAAGAUGAAACAAGGUGGGAGCAGCGGCGACAGCGAGUCUGGCGACCCCAAAACUGCCGGCAAGUAA